AUGCCUCCUCGUGUACCCACAUCACUACUGGACGGAGGUGCCUGGCUUCGUAUCGCAUCUGGCAACGCAAAAUGUCCCCACAGAAACGGCGUCGUCAGGCAGAUGCAAGCGGCCGCACAUGCACUGGCCAGCGCGCCAGUGACUGAUGAAUUCGCUUCGUCACCGGUACCUACACACGGAAGAAGGAAGCGAAGAAGCACCGGGUCUUUGGCUGUACGCGUCCCUGAGGCGUCAGGAAGCAACACUGCUGUCACGGAGUUGCAAAAACGCUUCAGUGCGCUGGACGAGGUUAUUCAGGAGGAAGUCGAGAUGGCUCCAACAAGUGCCUCAGAGCCGUCCGAAUUCUCCGAGGACGAACUCCUCGGGUUCUACGAGGACGUACUUAGCUUGCCCCAGGAGUCCGCUGCGUCUACGUCUGCUAUUGCUGCUCCACAAGCUUCUACGGACGAUGUUUCGCGAGUGCAAGCACUAGCAGACACGCUGGCACCCACCACACCGGCUGUCUCUGAGACCGAUUCUUCAUCGACUUCCCUGCUUGAAACACUUCAAAAACGCCUCGACCCAUCUUCAGCUUUGUCGCAAGUCCAGCAUCUUUCAAAGACGCGCGACUUUCCAGAACUCUUGGCACUUCCUGCAUACCAACGCGUCAUCUAUCGACUCAAGCAGACGGUGCCGGAGUUGGUCCAGAUCCGGCAGAAGGCUGAAUCGGACGCCGUUCCAAUCGUUCUUCUGACCGAGGCGGACUGGAAGGCUCUUGUGCAGACAUGUGUCAAACACGAAGACAUCAAGUCCGCCGAGGACGUUCUCGGGCUGAUGCAGGCCCUUGAGGGCGAGAAAGCUGGCGAACUCGCUACAGAUGUUAUGGAGUUUUACGCCGAGCGGGGCGACGUCAUGAAUGCAGAGCGCUUGUUGCACGCGUACCAAAUUGGUUUACCCACCGAGCGACAACGCGAUGUGCACAUCCAAGCCCACCUUCAUGCUACCCCACGCAACAUCAUGCCAGAAUCAGCGCUCGCUGUCCUGCAUCAAUACGAGACGAGAAACGUGCCAGCACCCAUGUCAACAUACACGGGCGUAAUCACCCACCUUUUCAACGAAGCGCGCUCUUCCGCAGCUACGGCCCAAGCAUGGGAUCUAUACGGCCAUAUGCGCUAUGUGGCACACCCGCAACCCGACGCAGCGCUCUACGCCACGAUGAUCCGCGCAUGCGCUCCAGUGAACGGUCAACCAGAGCCUGAACGCGCACUCGAUCUCUUCACCGAAAUGACCGUCGACAACGGGGUGGAGCCAACCCAGGCAGUAUACAACGCCGUGAUCCUAGCCUGCGCGCGCUCGGGCUCUCAAUCUUACGUCACCGAAGCGUUCCGCAUCGCCCGUCAGAUGCUUGACGCCCGUAAAGACGCCCGUGGCCAAGCGCAGUUCCGGGCCAACAUCGAUACAUUCACCGCUCUACUUGAGGGUGCAAAACGUCGUGGCGAUCUUGCGAGGACGAGGUGGAUCCUGGCGGAGUUGGUCGCGGAGGUUGCGAGAGCGGCGGAGGGGAAGGCGCCGGCUGUUAGUGUAUCGGAUGAGACGAUGGUCCAUGUGUUCCACGCAUACGCCGCAUAUCGUCCGCCGCGCGUGCAGCUUCGCUCGGUGCCGGAUGCUCCUGCCGGGGAGUCGACACCUACACCCUCGCCUUCGAGCGCGAAACAAGUGGCAGCGCAGGAUCCGGGUCCUUCUUCAGCCCCAGUGAAAAACCAGUCUGGGGAAUCACGCUCGCAUUUACCGCCUCAGAGCCGCGCGGAGGUUCUGCGCGAGGCGAAGGCGAUCUUCGAGCGUAUCGUGUCGGAGAGCAAAGCUGGUUCAGGCCCACUCUCGACUGUGAAGCUCACGCCCAAGCUCAUUGACGCAUACCUCGCCGUGCACUACGUCCAUGCCAAUCUUGCCAACGCUUCUGCUCUGUUCGACACGAUCUUCGCAGAGCACGGUGUACGACGCGGACCGCGAGCACUGGUCAACGCGCUCGAACGUUGCGCGACGUCUAAGACGGGCGAGGACCGCGAAGCCGCAGUUACAUUUGCAGCGAAGCUCUGGCCGGAGUGGGAGAACGUUGAGAUGGAGGGAUUCAGGAAGGGGAAGGCUCUGAACCCGAGGCUCGUCGAGCAGGCGCAUGUGGCAAGGAUACGCGUUCAUGCACUCGCGAAUGAUAUUCCGCGCUCGUUGGAUAGCAUUCGCUCGUUCGUUGCGCGGUAUCCACCGUCGAACGCGCGUGUGCCCGCUCUUCAGCCGGAUUACCGCUCUCCCCGUGUACGGCUACACGCUGCACGCCCGCUCGUGCGGUUGACAUCUGCGACGGACGUAGCGGACGAUACAGUCCCGCCGCAAUUGACGUGGCCUGAUCUAGACGUCGUACAUCAUCGAUGCGUUGUUGCUGGACGUGCGGACGGGGUCAGGUACAUCAAGUGGGUGUGCCAUGCGUAUAGGGGCGCCGUGAAGGUUAGGCGAGAGAAGUUUUUGGGCGUGGAGGGGGAUAUUAGGAGGAGGGAGAGAGAGAAGGAGAAGGAGGAGAGGGAGGUUAGGGAUAUCGUGCAGGGAUCUAUGACGGCUUAG